AAUAGCCAGGGAAUUGUUGGGGCUAGACUUGUAUAGGCCCUAGGGCUGACAGCCUAGUACCAACCUAUGAACACACAAACUUGCUUGACCUUUCGGGUACACGCUGGAAACGGUGCCAGAUUUCCGUCAUGCACUCUAGCUCGCCUGGUACGAUUACUGUCGUGCCGCAUUAAAUUGCGAAGGAAUGUAGCUUAAGAAGAAACUGCCUUGUUUUAAAUAAUGUUUUUUCAAGUCUGCAUACUGUUAACCUGUUCCUUCAGCAACUUGGAAUUUCCCAGUCUUGCUCCGCCCCCGAUUACACGUGAUUUCACCCUCAGUAGUGGAACCACUAGUGCAGCAACGUGAAAGCCAGUCCGAGUUGAACUGGGCUGUGAGUGACAGCAAGUCAUUCUAAUACAUGUUACGUUUUCUGUUUAAUCUCUUUACAAGUUAAUGCCGCCACUGUAAAGCGUAUAUUCUUGAAAAAGGUAUUGCAUCGCAUUUGAGAAGCACUCACUGUGAAACUUCCUCGCAGAGCAGGACGUCCCCUUUGCUGACAUCGGAUUGGUUUUGAAAACUUGGAGGCGCUCUAGCCUAGAAUAACUUCCUGAUUUCUGGACCAUUGUCUCAUUAAAAAAGCUUACCAAAGACUUCUUAUUAGCAUGUCCGAAACUGUGAUACUUGACCUUUCUAGCCUGCAUAUUGACUUACAGAGUGAUUGUAUACAGAAGUUGCUGGCAAACUGUACAUGUUUUGUAAACAACUCUAGGUUACAACCCCUAGCAGUUUAUGUGAUAUAUUGUCAACAGCAUCUUGAUUCUCUAGACAUCCAAGAAGGACUAUGGAAGAUCAUUAAAAAUUCUCACUUUGCAAAACUUAAAGUUGAAGUGUUGACUCAACAAAGUAUGGCCGCCAUAUUGUAUACCAUUAAGCAGAAACUCGAUGAACUGAACCUAAGUACCAUUAAGAUGGUAUUACCAGCUCAAAGGAAACCAAUAGUAGCAUUGUAUCUUGAAGAACUAUUUACAGCAGUGUAUCAGUUUGACUUUGAAUAUAUUCAUACAGACUCUGUGGGAAACGUCUUACAAGAGCCAGUUUCUCUGUACGGUAAUGGAGGCCUUCUUGCUGAACAAGCAGAUGAUGUUCAGAGAGACAUACAGACAUUUCUAGGAAAGCAGCCAAGUCUUAAAAGUGGACUAACAAUUCUGCAUUCAAGUAUAAUUCCAGAUGAACACUUUUUACAUGGUUUCACCACAAGGAAAGGUGGAAUAUCCUAUAUACCAACCCUCUGCUCAUUAAAUUUGUUCAGCAGCAGCAGAAGAAGAGAUCCAAAUGCUGUAAUCAAGGAAAACCUCCAUCGAGUUGCCAAAACUGCUGGAUUUAAUGAAAAAACGUAUUAUCAAGUUAAGGUAGAUCAUGGGAGCAAUGUGUGGGUCAUAGGAAAGGCUCCACCACAGAACUAUGAUGGGAUUGUGACAAAACAGAAGGGUGUUACCAUAGCGGCCCCAGGAGCAGACUGUAUGCCCAUUCUCUUUGCUGAUCCUGUUAUGAAGGCAUGUGGUGCUGCUCAUGCAGGCUGGAAGGGUACCCUUUUAGGUGUUGCUAUGGCAACAGUGAAUGCUAUGGUAGUAGAAUUUGGCAGCAAUGUGAAGGACAUUGUAGUGGUAAUAGGACCGUCAGUUGGACCCUGCUGCUUCACUCUUGACCAAGAAUCCGCCAAGGAAUUUUAUUCAAUUGAUCCAAAAUGUGUGCGGAUGUUGGACUCUCCUAACCCUUUUAUUGACAUCAGAAGAACAACAAGGAUUCUUUUGGAACGUGGAGGAGUACUACCUGAAAAUAUACAGGAUGACACUAUAAGUGACCAAACACAAAAUUUGACACUCUGCACAUCUUGUUAUCCAGAGUUGUUUUUCUCCCACGUUCGUGAUGGGCUUAACUUUGGAACCCAAAUAGGCUUUAUAUCACUAAGGGACUAGGAUAUUAGCUGCUAUGUUUAGGUUUGAUUCCACUCACUGUCUGAUGAUACACUACCUCUUACUGUUCUUCAAGUCGGGGAAAUUUGAAGGAGAACCUGUAAUCAUUUUAUAUAACGGAUGAGAAAUCUUUACUCACUACAUUUAAUUUCAUGUUAAAGGAGAUCUGUGUUUUCCCGUAUUUAUUCACCAGUACUUUCCAUGCAACAUGCAUUGUAAUUGUCUACGUAACAAGACUUGCUUUUGAUUUGUUUUUAUUUGCAGGGCUUCAUGGCUCCAUUGAGGAUGCCAACCAAAUCCAUUGUCACAGUUCUUAUGUAUAUUUGCAAAGCAUACCAAGGAAACUUGUGGUACAUACUGUUAUAGCUUAUUUAAUGUAAAAGUAAAUUUUAUAAUGGACACCUUAGUAGUAAUUAUUUUUAAUUAAAAGACUAAUGGACUUUUAUGUCAAUAAUGCAGACUCAUGAAACCGUAUGAGCAAGUCCAGUGUACAACAUUCAAUUAAAAAUUAAGUAAUCCA